CCAAGAUCAGGCUUGGAGGCCAUGGAGGGUUACUCCACGGAGGGCCUGCGAACCGUGAGAGACCUCAAGAUGCUGCUCCUCGACGGCACUGGAGCCAUCUGGUAGGCAGCUGCCUGUCAGUGACUGACUCAUAUCAUCAUGGGAUGCGGUGUGUACGGACGUACUGUAUGUGUCUUGUGUACGUGUCUUGAUUCCCCUUGUCAGGUGGGGCACGGAGCUGACUGAUGUGGUCUUCGUCGGUCACGAGGACGCGCAGGACAGCCAGACCAUUGCCGAGGUGUUUGGCGCACAGGGGAGCUCCAAAGACCCUUUCAACCCUAUCGUCAUCAAGCAGAUGGCGCCAUGGCCCACUGACGCUGCCUAUCAGGCUGCCAUGGCCACCACCACACCGUCUAACGCCCAGACAAGUGAGACGGAUAUGAGAUGUAUUGUAUGCAUAUCGCCCCCUCUUGGCUGUUUUCAUUGCUUGGUUCAGAUGCCGAUACCAUGAAUCAAGAGGGGCCGCUCAGACGUGCCUUCCACCGCGUCGCACGCGUGUUCGCACCCAACCAAAACGACUGA